CGGUUCGCCUAUAUCCGUGUCGCUUUCCUGUAAAAGGCAUCCGCGUGAACGGCUGGCCUCCGCCGCCAUGCACGUGUCUCGCACGGCGUUACGCUGUUGACCCUGAAGCUGUGCUGCAUUGCGGAAGAUCGGCGCUGGUAUCAGCGCCGGUGGAGCGUGCCGCGCCCGCUGUGCCGCGCGGAAGACGUGCGUGCUGCAUGCUUAUCGGGUGAAACUCGAGGAUUCCGCCUACUUCCAUCGGAAGGGCACCAAGAUGCGGACUCUUCUCUUGACCGGCGUCUUGGCCCUGCUUAUCCUGGCUGACCCGAGCUGGGCGCAACGGAGGAGAGGACAAGGCGGCAGCCGCGGUCAGUCCCGCAACCAGUCCCGGCCCCAAAGCCAGCAGAGCCAGAGACAGGUAGCCGCGGCCGUGCGCCCCAGCUCAGACUGCCAGACGGCGUCGGGUCAGCCGGGCGUCUGCCAAGCCCUGAGCCACUGCGUGUUCCAGUUCAACGUGAUUGAGGACAUCGCAAGCUCUAGUUGCGGCGAGGGCAUCCAUGUCUGCUGUCCUCUCGACACGCCAGCGGCAUCGGGACAGAGUCCUGUAAGUCGACCCGUGACUGUGAUUGGACGAAGAGUAGCUGUGCCAAAAAUCUCAAAAGAUGAUUUAGACAUCGCUGGAAGAGCCAGUCUGAGUGUCGUCCGUGGAAUCGAAGACACCGAGAGAGCUUUGCUGAACGACGGCCUUUUCGCAAAGCGACAUACGACCGCGUCCCUGCAUGCUGCCUUCUUCGGUUCCAAGCCAAUCGUCCAGUCUCUCGGCAGGGACGGUCUCAUCGGCUUGGAAGCCACGCGGGAGCUCGCUCGCAGAUUCAACCUGGACUCGACACAGGGUCGAGACGGUCUUCAGAGGUUCAAUUUCCAGAACACGGUGAUCGCCGAUGCUUGCCCAAAGAUCCCUCGCUGCCCAUCUACAAAAUACCGUUCCCCCGAUGGUCUCUGCAACAAUCUGCAAAACCGCGAGUGGGGCAAGUCGCUGACUGCCUUUGAGAGGUUCAUGCCGCCCAACUAUGCCGACGGGCUCACGCUUCCGCGAGUCAGCGUCGAUGGAAGCCCGCUUCCCAACCCGAGAAAGAUCUCCGUCGCGGCGGACCCUGACGCUGAUUUCCCCAACGAAAGGAACACACUCAUGCUCAUGCAGUUCGCCCAGUUUGUCGACCACGACCUCACUCUGACUGGAGUGUCCCGGUUCCGCAACGGUUCGGCCAUCACUUGCUGCGACGAGGAGCUGAUCUCGAACCCGACCAAGCGACACCACGCCUGCAUGCCUAUCGAGCUGCCCGCCGAUGACCACUUCUACGCUCAGUUCCAGCUGCGAUGCCUCGAGUUUGUGCGUUCUGUGCCAGCACCAAGGCCCAAGUGCACGUUUGGACCUCGCGAGCAGCUGAACCAGCUGACGGCCUAUAUGGAUGCGUCAAACAUUUACGGCUCGACAGAAGAAGAGGCGAAGUCUCUGCGAAGCUUUAGAGACGGCCGCCUGGCUUCCACCUUCUUCAGCAGGGACGAGCUCCUGCCGAGACAGACAGACAGCACGCAGGAGUGCAACGAGCAAGGCACAGACUUCAUCUGCUUCCGAGCGGGUGACGAGCGCGUGAACGAGCAGCUGAGCUUGACGGCGAUGCACACGCUGUGGAUGCGCGAGCACAACCGCGUAGCCGCCGAGCUUCACCGGCUGAACCCGGGCUGGAAGGACGAGAUCCUCUACCAGGAGGCGCGCCGGGUUGUGGCCGCCGAGUUCCAGCACAUCGCCUUCAACGAGUUCCUGCCCAUCCUGCUAGGCCGUAACGUGAUGGAACAGUUCGACCUGCUGUUGACACCUUACGGGUACAGCCACAGCUACGACCCGGAGUUGAAUGCCGGCAUCGGCAACGUUUUCGCCGCCGCCGCCUACCGGUACGGACACACACUCGUGCAGGGCAACAUUGAGCUCAUCAAUGAGGAUGGCUCCGUGCACAAGCGAGUUCCGCUUGCGACGCAGUUCUUCAACCCUGCAGAAAUUUAUGCACCCGGAAACCUCGACCGCUUCUAUCGUGGCCUCAUCAGCCAGGCCGCUCAAACCUACGAUCGCUUCGUCACUGAGCAGUUGACAAACCACCUGUACGAGCCGCUGGGUCAGGGCUUCGGCAUGGACCUGGUGGCACUGAACAUCCAGCGGGGCCGCGACCACGGCAUUCCGAGCUACAACGACUGGCGAGAGUACUGUGGCAUGGCCCGCAUCACCGACUUCUCGCAGCUCGCCGAGGUGAUGACGCCCGAGUCGGUGCAAGCAUUCGCACAGGUCUACAAGUACCCCGACGACAUCGACCUGUUCCCCGCGGGCGUGAAUGAACGCUCGGUGCCCGGAGGCACGCUGGGCCCCACCUUCGCCUGCAUCGUCGCGGAGCAGUUCCGAAGGAUGAAGAACGGAGACCGCUUCUGGUACGAGAACGGAGGACUGGAGUCGUCUUUCAACGAAGUGCAAGUUGAGCAAAUCCGCAAGGCAAGCUUGGCUCGCAUCAUUUGUGAUAACACAAACUUGCAAUACGUACAGCCCCUCGUUAUGAUCAGGGAAGCAAACUGGAAUCCUAAGGUCGACUGCAGCGGCGAGGACAUCCCACGAGUUGACCUUGACAACUGGCAGAACGAACCAGUCUGGACGUAGACUUUCCGCCACCUCCACGUGCCAAGAGUCAAUGCGGCAUGCAUCUUCCCUUUCUGCGCUAAAACAGUUCCCUCAUGUUCCAUACAGUGUCUCUUAACUAUGUUUUGUGCUGUUCCAAUGUGACCUGUGUUGUAAAGUGUUCAUUAAACAAACGCCAAAAUGAAAGGAA